CCGCCCCCCCCCCCCAUCUUCAGUAUUUUAUUUUACAUUGUUUUCCCUUUUUACUGAAUUAAAAUCGAUGGUCUUCUUUCAAAUAUUGGAUGAAUAGUUCAGUUCAUCAUGGAUAAACCACGAAUCAAAAGUGAAACCGGUAAAACGACGCAAGAUAGUGAAGUUUCCCCAAGAACCAAAACAAGAGGUCGAGCUAAAAAACGAAAAAGGAUCUCAAGCAGCAGCAGCACAGAAACCCUACCUGCAAACACCCAGGAGGUGGAGAAGAACCUGCAAGCCGCCGCCCUCAAGAACAACCUGGACGAGGCCAGCGUCAAGAAGAUAUUGAAGAAAGUGGUGACAAAUGACCAUGUGUUGGCGCUGGUGAAGCUUCGCGAGGAGGAAGAAGAAGAGGAAGCAAAACUCACGCCAAAGCUGACCCGGGCCAAGGCCAAAGAGCGUACAAAGCCCACCAAGUCUCUCGAGCCAUGGGACCUGGACAACCUGGCGCUGACUCCCAUCAAGCACAUCCCCGUGAAGACGCGGCCCGAGGUCACCGCGCUGAUCGCUCAGGAGCUGCCUGAGGAUGAAGAUGACGAUGAGUACAAGCCUGCGCCUGAUGAGAAUGUUAGCGACGACGACCACACAGAGUCAGACAUGACAUUCAGCGACGUGGACUCCCAGCCGCGCACGCCGGCGACCCCGCGCGUGCCCGCCAGCCCCACGCCGGCAGGAGAUGGCGUCUUUAAAGUGCCGCAGGAGAUCAAAACGCCGGCGCGCCGCCGCCUCGAUGUAGAAGAGGACGCAACCAUCGCCCUUCGCACUCGGUCCAAGCUGAGCCUCUCCGCCACUCCCAUAGAGCACAUCGAGAGCUCCUUCGUACCUCCAGAUGAACUGCCGAAAGCUGAUGUAGAUGAUCUGUGGAAUAAUUUUCUGGAGGAGUGUCUGAAUCCGGCGUCGUUGUCAAGGAAUGAGGACGAUGAUGAAGCGGACCCGGAGUAUAAUGUUGCGGCGGAUCCGGAUGCGCACGACGAAGAUGAAGAAGCAUUAGAAAGCAGCAUAAUAAAGAUAUCUAAAAAGGAACUGAACGACCUAGUCAAUGAACUCUUCAACAUAAUGCCCGGAGACCUGAGUGGGAAAGAGAUAGCUAACAGUUCCAAUGUCGAUACCAGUAUUAGUUUCACCAUAGGCAAUAACAAUGCCACUUGGGAAGGCAAGCAAGAGGUGCCAUCUGAUGAGGAGAAAGAUAUGGAGAAAGAUGGUUUAAGUUGUAGAACAAAACACAUAUUUUCCAUGGGAAAGUGCGAGCCGUAUGAGGAAGAUAGAUUGGUGAUUAAUGAGGAUUAUGAUGAAAGUGUAAAUGAUAAGACUGACAAUAAUAAGGAUGAAAGCGGGAGCGCUCAGCCGGCUGGAGUGCGCGUGCAGAUCUCGGAGAGCUGCGAGGAGGAGGACCCGCGCGCGCCGCCGCUGCUGCUGCGCCGCCCGCCGCCCGACCCCGUCUGCACCGUCCGAUACGACGAGCCCGUGCAGAUGCUUCCAGAACAGUACCUGCUAUUGCAGCAACAGUUGCGAAUGCACGUGCAGCUAUGCGCCGGCAACUUUCUACUGCUGUACGUGCAUCCAGAGCAAUGGAAGUACGCACCGGCUUAUAAGGAGUAUCUGGAAGCCCUCCACACAAUGUGUGAGAAGAACCGCGAGUCCGUGGCCAACGUGUGCAACCUGCGCCCCGCCGUCGAGCUGAUACACUCCUGGGAGAAGACCGUCAGCGAGAACACUCCAGAGAAUAUGGAGAUGGUCAAAUUCAUGCAAGAUGAAGUUGAAAAAGGCCGCGCCCGCUUCGCCCAAAACAGCACCUACUCGGGCUCCUUCCACCCGACAGUGCAGCAGGUCAUAGCCAACAGCAGCGUGUUCCUGUACCCGCACCUGCUGCCGCCCACGCCGUACCGCUGCGAGGAGCUCAAGAGACAGGGGUACCUCAAGUCGGAGGACGAACUAAUCGUCCUUGGCCUCGACCAGUUCUGGCAGUACCUAGAACAGAACAAGGAGUUGUUCCCACGCCGCAUAGUAAAAGCUCGCGGUCGCUGGGGCUUGUCGCGCGCAGUGCAGCUCACCUGCAAGUACAUGAUGCCGUGGGUGACCGCGCGCAGCCUCAUGUCGCACAUACAGCGCCUCAGGCAGAUCAAUGACUCCGGGAACGCUAUUGUUUCGCAUUAUCAAUCUACACACCUAGAGCUUCACAAGGAGUUGUUCCCUCGGCGCAUAGUGAAGGCGCGCGGUCGCUGGGGCCUGUCGCGCGCCGCGCAGCUCACCUGCAAGUACAUGACGCCGCGGCUGACGGCGCGCAGCCUCAUGUCGCACAUACAGCGCCUCAGGCAGAUCAACGACACCGGGAACGCUAUUGUUAGAUACUUCAAGAAGCACGAGAUCGUACCUGUGAAGCACCGCCUGCUCUCCUACAACGAGAAGCUGACACUAUACGACCAGCCCGCGGCGGAGCUGCCGACGAUCUGGCUGCGGUACGUCGCCAAGACAUCCAAGCAGGCACGGGUUUAUAUGCGGAGCAGGAAAUAUCAGUCGAUGAAAGAGCCUGAAGGAAUAGACCUCGAUGUGCAGGGGCUAGACAGUAAGCCCGUUAAAAAGAAACUUCCUAAUGACUUCACCAAAAAGAUCACAUGCAAAAGAUCCAACUACGAACCGAAAGAAAACAAUGCCCCAAUAAUCGACAUUCAUAUCAACUUACCCAACACCCCUAUUGACCAGAUCACAGCCAAAAGUAACAAAGACAUUCCUGCAAGUAAUCAAAAUCCUCCAAAAAGUAAUGCAAAUGUACUGAAAACUGUCGCAAUUUUACCAAAAACUCAACCCCAGAUAGCACUGAAUACAGCCCCGCCGUUGUAUAGUUUAGUAGAAACAACUAAAGGUGCCUUCCUAAUGCCGGUAGUCCCACUAAUACCCAGCAACGGUAUUACUAACACAUCAGUAACCACGAUGUCACAACCCAUAUCUACUCCGAAAGUCACUGAACCUGUAAAAAGCAAUGUCGACAAACCAAAGAAGGAAAACGUGGUACAAAAACCGACAGUGGUGCAAGUGAAGGUUGGAAAACAAAAAGAUGAACCAGUAUUUCUACUGGAGCCUCUUGGAAGUGGAGAGAUGCAGUAUUCUGAGCACUGCAAGUGUUGCCAGCUCAUGAGAAGGAUUAAAACGACGCGACAGAAAACUAUUUUGGAAUACUUGAAGGGGACAAAGGAAAGUAGGGCGAAAUGUCCAUGCAAUAGCGUUCAGUCUCCAAAGAUAACCAAUCGGCUUCGAAUGCUGCUCAGAAAUUUCAAAAGUAAUUAUGAAUGUGCGUGGCAGGAGAUGACUACAAAACUUGGUGAGAUGAAAGCGAAAACUAAUGAGAAUAAGAGUAGAUGCGACAACAGAUUACAAAGUGCUCUAUGUGGCGGCGACGAAGUUAAAACCAAUGACGUGGAUGAUUUAGCAUUUGCAGCGAAGUACAUUUUCAAACUACUAUCAAGACUAUCGAAGGUGGACAAACUCCGGGAAAACGUCCACAAUCUCUUCAAGAAGCACGAUCCAGACAUAGAGCCUCCUAUAUUACUAGCUCAAGAACUCCGAGGCACUUUAGAUGAAGAGUUUAAGGACUUAUUUAAAGACUUCACCGCAUUCCUGACGGCUGAACAAGCGGAGGCCAUGGAUGUCUACAAAGACUACUUCGUACAGAACUGUGUAUCGCCGCUUAUUAAGAAAGUUGAGGUAAUAACAACAUUAGAGCAAGUCUCCGAUCCCUCUCAAAGACUGACGAUACUGAACAAGAUACACACCGUACUGUCGACCGACAAACAAGAGUCGUGCGACAUUUGUCACGAGAUCAUGUCGUGUACGACACAGCACCCGCGGCUGUCGCAGUAUGUCUUCACACUGUUCCCGCAUACGAGGAAAAUGAGGGUCACUCGAUCAUCGCAGCGCUUAGCCAAUGGGAAGGCAGCUGAAGAGACGCAGCCAAUCACGAGCGAGCGCGCUGACGACACACAGGAGCUCGACCGCAGCCUCGCCGACUACGAGGCCGACCACUCUGAUACUGGUGAGGAAGACGACGAUGACAAUGAUGAAGAUUACGUUCCAGACGAAGAACUUACAUCCAGCAAUAAGGCUACCUCUAAACAACCUGACGACAAGAGCUGUAAACAGGAGCAUGCUGAUGAAAUAGAAAUUUAUGAAGAGGCUAUAGACUGUAUGGAACAUGAGACUGAUGAGCAAGAUAAGGUGGAAUCUGAAAAAGGACCAGAAGAAGAAGUUGAAAACGUGGUGAUUAAAAUAAAAGAGGAGAAACAAGACGACCCAAUGGAUACCGAAGCAGACGUGACAAUAAGCAAGACAGAAGCCUCAGACGAUUCUUCCGAUAUGUCCAUGAUGGUCAUGUCAGACGAUGAACCAAUCAAAACAGAACAAUUGGACUGGAAGAAGGAAGAAGAUAAAACCAUUUUAGAAAUACUCAGAGACCAUAUUAGCUUGAUAGAAAGAAAAGAUCUGGCGUCACUCCUUAGACGGAACGAUGUUUUAAGAAUUUUAGAAUAUCGUCUAGAAAAAAGAUCGGUUUUAGAAAUACGUGAAAGGAUGAAAUAUUUGUAUGAACUAAUGAUUAAUAUGAAAUGAAUUAACAAUGUUCUCACAUUUAAAAAACGUAGUACAUAUGAGUUUUUCAGUCACCAUUGUAUAGGUAGGUAAGAUACCUAGUUAAUAAUAAUAAGUGAUACAUUAUUUAUUAUUUUUUGAUAAUAACAACAUUUUACAU